CGUUCCGGUUCAUUGAAAGAGGGAAAAUGAGUAGACAAGCUAUAUGAUUGGAAUUGUUUUCAUUUUCCGUACAAUAACAAUUUAUUGUUUUAGAAAAGCUAGUGAAUGUCAAUAGCAGAAACGAAAAUAAAUAGAACAUUUAAAACUGUGCUGCAAUGUCUGUCGUAUUCGCAAGAGGAGGAAAUCGAGCUCCUCCUACACCAGCUCAGAUACAAAAAAUUCUUGAUGAAAAUGGCCACUUGAUUCAAGCUAUUCAGGAAUUUCAAGCUAAGGGAAAAACUCAAGAAGGAAUACAAUAUCAGCAAACUCUUCAUAGAAAUCUAAUAUAUUUAGCAACAAUAGCUGAUUCUGGUCAAAAUGUUCAGCAGCUGCUACCUAUGCUGCAACCACCACCAGGCCCUCCUGCAGGCCACGGUCAACCACCAGCAAAUCCAGAAUCUCAGCAUAUUAACAAUUUCAACCAACAGCAACCUCAAUAUAGACAACCGUUGGGUCCUCAAAGACCAGUUGCUGGUCCCCCGCAUCCGUACGGACAAAGGGGGUAUCAACAGAAUCAAUAUCCGGGACAAUAUAAUCCUCAGCAGGCUGCUCCAUACCCGCAAGGUCACCCUCAGGCACAAUAUCCUCCUCAGAAUCAACCGCCUACAUAUCCUCCCAAUACUCAGGGUACUUACGGACCUCCUACGACAUCUCAUAACAACUAUCCUCCGCCUCAUCAAGGAUAUGGAGGGGCUCCACCUAACAGUGGACCACCACAACCGCCUGCCGGACCAUACGCUCCACCAUCAGGACCACCUCAACCUCCAUAUGGUGGUCCCCCAAAUGGAGCGCCUUACCCUAACGCCAACGCUCCUCCUCAAGGUUAUGCCCCACCUCCACAAGGCUAUGUACCUCAGCAAGGUUAUCCUCCUCCGUCAUCGGGCCAGGCUCAUCCGUCCGCCCCACAACAAAACCCAGCUUCAUACGCUGGCCAACCGAACGCAGCUCCUCAAAAUUACCCCACUCAGAACUCCCAAACUCCUCCCUUCUCCGGUCCUCCAACAAAUACCCAGAGUCCAACGGUGACUUCGACCACUGCCGCUCCUCCAUCUCAGCCCUAUGUUACAGCACCCUACCCCCCAAAUUCACAGUCCAGCAACCCCAACGCGCCUUAUAACUCUAGUGGGCCCCCUGGCCAGGUAUAUCCCCCUGCUGGUCCUCCAAGCAGCUACGGCUAUGGUCCCCAACAGGGUUAUGCUCCGCAGCAGUAUGGUGGUCAGCCUCAGGGUUAUCAAUAUGCGGCCAGGCCCCCAACCCAACAAGGGCCACCUCCGCCCCAAGGACAAUACGGAUACAACUAUCCAGCUCAGCCGAAUCCCCAGUAAAACGUUUUGUUUUAUUUUUAGUUUUUAUGUUAUUUGUUUUCAUAGACUUUUAGGCUUUCAGUUUUUUUCUAUUGGUUAACUAUGUAUAUCAUUAAUUUAUUAGACUUUUUUAUUGACAAAUGUAAUAAAGUUUUCCGAUUUAUUAUGAUGAUAUUCUCGAUUUGUUUCAUGAUGUUUUUUGUCUUGGCAUUUCGUAAUGUAUGUUUUUUGUAUUCAUUAUGUGUAAUGAAGUUACAAUGUUGCUUAGGAUCUCUGUUGGAUAAAGUUUAAGAUUUGGA